AUGGCGAUCUGUACUUAUAACGCACGUGCGCUUGCAUCGGAGGCGGCUAUCAAAGAUCUGAUGAUGCAAGCCAAGAAGAUCAAGUACGACGUCAUCGGACUCAUCGAGACGAGACGACGUCACCAUCUCAACGCCAUAUAUGAAACUGGAGAAGAACUGUUUUUAGGAACAUGCGACAGUAGAGGUAUUGGUGGAGUGGGCGUCCUCGUCAACACGAGCAUUGCAAAGAACAUCGACUCUUUCGAACAACUUACGACCCCAGUCGGACGUCUGCGGAUGAGAAGAUAUGGUCCAACACCAGCAUUGACUAUCUUCGUCGCUUACGCCCCAAUAUCAAGCUUUGAAGAAGAAGAAGUCGAAGCUUUCUAUAUGGACCUAGAGAAGUUCUACCAAGAAGAUCAUGCAUUCUACAAGGUUAUAAUUGGCGAUUUCAACGCCAAAGUUGGCCCAAGAAGAAUGCCGGAGGAACUUCACAUCGGGACCCACGGCCUACAAUGGAAUGACCAGGGGGAGAGACUCUCCGAGUUCAUGACGACUAAGACCAUCCAUGGGAACUCGCAAUUCCAGAAGCCCUCCUCUCUACGCUGGACGUGGGAGUCACCCGGUUGUAAUGAAAUAGACCGCAUCAUCGUCAAUAAAGGUUCUGCCUGUUGGACGUCGCUAUUAUACCAAAGUUCUACACGGGAUCGGACCAUCGUCUCCCCCGAGGAAGAUUUUCCUUCACAAAGAGAGCAGAGAAAGCCGCCAAGUUCAGAGAGAAAUCGCAGGACUAUCAUCAACUGGGAUCUCUUCGCUACGCUAGACGGCUUUUGGGAAGAUUCCGCAAUGGACAACAUCGACGAGGAAUAUGACCGGCUCGUUGAACACCUUCACAACUGCGUGAAGAAGGCUGAAAGUUUUAAAACCACCAAGAGACGCCUGUCUCUUGGUGGUUUUAAAACUUCUCUUGAAACUCUUGAGCUGAUACGCCGGCGUGGAGCAGCACGAGCCGCAGCGAAUCAAGAACUCACGUCUUCGAGCUCACAAGGCUUUGCAGAGAGGCGAUAA